AUGUUUUUUGUGAGAGACUUUGUACAAAACAUUCACUUGAGCCCGAGCUAUCUGGGUCCAAACAUACAAACGCUUAUAGAGGAAUACUUACUGACUAAGGUUGAAGGAUCAUGCAGCUCCAGCGGAUAUGUAGUUAUGGUUCUCAGUAUAGACGAAAUAAGUGAAAGUAGAAUUAUUCUAACAGGAGAAACCAUAUUUACGGUUAAGUACAAGGCCCUUACGUUAAAGCCAUUUAAAGGUGAAAUAAUUGAUGCCAACGUUGUUGAGACAAACAAAAUGGGUGUCUUUGCAUCUGUUGGACCGCUGACAGUGUUUAUAUCGAACCAUCAGAUACCAAACUUUCUUCUGGAAAACGAAAUAACGAAGGAUGUGAUGAUUAGAUUAAAGAUUAUUGGGACUAAGAUAGACUCCACUAAGAUAUAUGCGGUUGGAACCUUGAACGAUGAUUCUCUAGGGAUAAUUUCUUGA